CUGUCUACAGUGUGUGACUAUGAGGGGAGGCUGAGCAUCUCCCACAGCCACAAUGGCCAAAGCUUAAACAAGGGUGAGGGUGAGGACAGAAGAGCGCAUUAAAUUCCACCCACCACUUCCACGUCCCGAAAUCCACCGACACCGCCCAAACCUCAUGAUCUAGAAAUUUCCAUGGCGAUUUCCGACGCCGUCGUCGCCAAUUUCACCAUUAUCUACCUCCUCGUCAUAGUCGCGAUGAAGGCUUAUGGACUGGCGGUAGGGCAGAGCUUCAGCGGCGCCUGCGUUCUCAUCUCCUCCACCGCCGUCGUCGCCGCUAUCCUCGUCGCCAGCCUCACUUGGGACGUCUCGAGGAAGGCCACGCACGCGCUGCUCUCCGCGCGCGACCACCACGGCCACGAGAUGUGCCGCGGUGGAAUCUGCUGGCACGGCGUCGCCGUCAAGUCGCCUGCAAGUCAGGUCCGAUUUCGCCUCCCUCACCACCACAAUAAUGCCUGACAUACGAAAAUUACCCCCAAACUCUCCCCCAAAUACAUCAAACCUUCCAUGUUUAAUUGGAAGAUUAUCCGAACAACAGCGCAGUUCGAUGAUCGGAUUUGGAUUCAUGGAGUAAAUUCAGAAUAGAAUUUCUUCAUCUGCAUUCACACUGCCUUGUUGAAAAGGGGAAAGCCCUAUCUUCUCCUUCAAGUCAAAGACACAUAGAAAUGUCUCUUCUCUGAAAUUUAUUUUUCCUUUGUAUCAAUUUUUACCUUAAAACAGUAACAAUCUUCCCUAUCUCUUCCUCUGUAAUUACUCAUAUAUCAAAAUUUCAUUGUGUGUAAGUGUAAUCCAUAUAAAGCUUUUUGCAUCGUCUCUGUGCAUACAUAUGAAAUCAAUAAAACGCUCUGUACUCAAUUC